UAAAGAUUGAACCCAAUCGAAACCAUGAAAACCGAAUUGAAAACCGGCCACCCGUAAUUGGUUCAUUCAGCUAGGACCCCAUCAAUCCGUCCUACGCCCUCCUUCCCCAACGGCGAUUGAACUUUCUUGUCUAGCGAUCAUGGGCUGCUCUAUCUUCUGAAGUUCACAAAGUCCAUUGCAAUCCAAUGGCAUCCUACGUAGAUGUAGGGAAGUGCAAAUUUGUACGGUUCUCUCUUACUUCCGCCAGCACUCCCCCGCAAAACAGCCGUCCAUCUUCUUCCACGCAUCUUUCUUCCCAUUUCCAGACCGUACUCUUGAGACGACCCCUUUACCCGAAAUUUGGAUUGAAGCUGCGUCAUUGUUUCCCUCUAUACGCUAUGCGAGGCAGGACUUCCCAGAGAAUUUUUAUGAACCGCCAACGAAUUAGAUUGAUUAACCGGGCAGGACUAGACCGCUUCGGUUCUGCAGAAAACCAAGAGCAAUCUGAACCGGCCUCCAGUUCCCUAGAAAGGGAAAAAUCAAGUCAGUUGAUUAAAAGAGUAGUCUUUGGCCUAGGCAUUGGGGUUUGUGCUGGAGGCGUGGUAUUGGCUGGUGGUUGGGUAUUCACUCUGGCCCUUUCUGCUGCUGUGCUUGUGGGUGCUAGAGAGUACUUUGAAUUGGUUAGGAGUCACGACAUUGCUGCUGGAAAUGCCCCACUGCCUCUAUUUGUUUCACGGCUCAUCCCUUUGAUCUGUGCCGUUAUGCCUGCAUUUACACUAUUCUUCGGGGAAAUGGAUGUUUCAUUGACUUGUGCAGCCUUUGUUGUUGCCAUGUCACUGCUUCUGCAAAGGCAAAUUCCCCGUUUUCCUCAGCUUACUAGUGCUAUGUUUGGGCUGCUCUAUUGUGGCUAUCUUCCUUGUUUUUGGGUUAAGUUGAGAUGCAGUUUAGCAGUGCCAGCCCUACAUACAAAAAUAGCAGAAUCCUGGCCAGCCUUAUUGGGAGGGCAGACUCAGUGGACAGUGGGUCUUGUGGCUUCCUUGAUUUCUUUUAGUAGUAUCAUUGCAGCGGAUACAUUUGCCUUUUUUGGCGGGAAGGCUUUUGGUAGGACUCCCCUUACGGUUAUUAGCCCAAAGAAGACUUGGGAAGGGGCUCUAGCAGGUCUUGCUGGUUGUAUAACCACUACUGCACUAUUGUCAAAGUUACUAUGCUGGCCCACAUCUAUGCUGAGUGCAUUGGCUUUUGGGGUUGUAAACUUUUUUGGAUCAGUUUUUGGUGACCUUACGGAGUCGAUGAUCAAGCGUGAUGCCGGUGCGAAAGACUCGGGAUUCCUCAUCCCUGGACAUGGUGGAAUACUGGACAGAGUAGACAGCUAUAUAUUCACAGGCGGCCUAGCUUAUUCUUUUAUUCAAAUAUGUUUGCCACUCUAUGGUGUUUAGUUAAUGAGAUGAUAAUUUAUUGCCUACCCCAAAGGUUUAGGUUUUAGAGACGUACACUUUCAGAAGGCCAUAUGCUCCAUCUUUCAAGUAAAAUGUACUUGUUUCAAUCUGAUAUACAAAAAAAGGGUUGAAAUUGGAGUACUAUAUAUCUAAAAGCAAACCAGCAGAGGCAGACAGGACAACUCUCUGAAACAAGCUUUAGCAAGUUUUUUUGGCUUUCACGUGAUUUUGUCUCUUUAUGAAGAAUAGUAUCGCAUAUGUGUGAUAUACCGAUAUAUGUAGAGGGUAAGAUUCAGGUAAGAAUGGUGUUCCGGGAGAAAAAUGAGAAUAAAAUCUGACCAUGAAAUACACGAAUUCAAA